CUGUUGCUUUAGGAACGUGAAGCAAGGAGAAAUAAGGUUUAUUGGUCUUUUAUAUCGCAGUUACGAACCUUCCUAUGAUUUGUUUUGACCCUUAAAAAUGGCAGUUCGACAUAACAUUCCCAUGGAAUGUCACAGAAACGGUGAUAAAUAAAUUGAUACUAUAUCGUUGACGUAGUUAUGUUUUGUUUGGUUUAGUAGUUUUGAGUGUUAAAUAAUAAAAGGUUCAAUAUGAGGAUAAACGCUACAAGAAUGACCACACCAAUUGAAGAGAAAGUAGAUCAGAAACUUAAAGUUAGAACAGGAAUGGUAACAGUCAGUGAUGGCAAAAGUAAACCAAUACCUGUGCAACUCCAUUUGUCCAUGGAAGUGCUUCGACUUCAGAAGGAAGAACCGCUUCCCCCUGAAUCGAAACCUUUAAAUGCCAAAGAAAGAAUGGUCCAGGUAAGAAGACAAAAAGUUGGGGGAUUAGGUUUGAGCAUUAAAGGGGGAGCAGAACAUAAGCUGCCUAUAUUGAUUUCUAGAAUAUAUAAAAGUCAAGCAGCAGACCAAACAGGAGAGUUGUUUGUUGGUGAUGCCAUUAUUAAAGUGAAUGGAGAAUAUAUCACUGCAUGUCCACAUGACGAUGCUGUAAACAUACUACGCAAUGCUGGCGAUUUAGUUGUUCUUACUGUCAAGCAUUACAAAGCUGCAACACCAUUUCUACAAAAACAAGAAGACAAGGACUCUCAACAGACGGACAGUAACAGCGAUGAAAAAGGCGCGUCUGAUGAAAGCUUACGUGUUAUGACGAACAGCACAAGCAGCAGACCAAGUUCGAUUUCCUCAGAACCUGAACCCGAAAUACAAACUCACUGGGUUGAUAUUAUCACUGUACCUUUAAUGAUGGCGUAUGUGACGAGGUAUAUUUUUGGUACGGAUAAAUUGAGGCCUAAUGCCUUCGAGGUGCGUGGACUGAACGGCGUCAGCACCGGGAUUAUACAUUGCGAUGAUUCAGCUAUUCUCUCUCAGUGGCUUAAAUAUAUUACCGACAAUAUCAUUGGACUGACAAAUUUACAGAUGAAAUUGUACAAUCGAAACUUUAGCGUGUCCGAUCGAAUAGAAUACAUGGGUUGGGUCAAUGAAGGUGUUUUGAAUAAUAAUCAGCCUUGGCAGAACUACAAGCCGAGAUUUUUUGCUUUGAAGGGGACCGACUUGAUGCUUUUCGAUUCUCCACCUCUAAACGUGAUGGACUGGAGCAAGUGCUCGUUAAUGUUCAAAGUAUACCAAACGAUGUUCCGCGUAGUGAAGGAAUCUGAAAAUGUGGAUGAACGUCAACACUGCUUCCUAGUACAAACAUCGGGACAAGACUCGCGUUAUUUUUCCGUCGAAACAAGACAGGAACUGUUAAGGAUUGAAAAUGCUUGGCAUUGCUCCGUUUGCACCGCCGUUAUGAAAUUGGGAAACAAAACAUUCACAGUUAGCAGCAAUGGGAAAACUGCCGGACUGACGUUGGAUUGGAACUUGGGCUUUUCUUUACACGAGGGCGACUUGAAAACUCCCGUUUGGCAAUACAAAUUUUCCCAACUCAGGGGCUCUUCGGAUGAUGGAAAAUCCAAGCUUAAGCUACACUUCCAAGACAUUGAAUCGAAAGCUAUCGAAACGAAGGAACUAGAGUGUUCCAUUUUGCAAAGUUUGUUGUUCUGUAUGCAUGCCUUCUUAACUGCUAAAGUGGCAUCGGUUGAUCCAGGAUUCUUAUGUUCAAUGAUACCAUAGACUUAGAGAAAUAAUAGUACUGAUUUUGUAAGUAUUAAUACUCAGUCGAAGGAAGGAUUAUAGUAUUAGUACCAUUUGACUUAGAUUUUGUAAGAAAUAGUUCCAUUUACAGGACUUACACAUUCCUUUUACACUUUACACUAAUUUUUGUAGUUAAAUGUUUAUUUUUUUGUCUUACAAGUUUUAGGAAUUCACAUCUUGCGUUAGGAAUCCGUUCAGUUUUUUCACGAAUAUUGUUCUGGGAAAAUAAUAUUUCUGUAACUGGAUUUAUUUUCAUGUAAACAUGAAGUAUGAUUCUAAGUAAAUGUAUAGUAGAAUAAAAUGCACAUUGUCUGCGAAGCACUAAAAUCAUUUAGUUCGGUACAGGGUGUUGUAUAUGAAUUAGAGAUGGGCACUUUUCAGAAAAGUGUGUUACGGACAUGUCGAUGAAUUGUCCAGACAUGUCGGGAAAAGUACUUUUGACCUUCAAUUUAAUAAGGCACCUAUGAGUCACACAAAGCAAAAUAUUACUCUUACUCUAAUGAAUAUGUGUCGAUAUAUUUUACUUAUUACUACCUUUAGACUUUUUUAUAAACAAGUUUCUAAUUUUCCGUGGACAGCCAAUACACUUAUUUAAAUGUUUUUCCAUCCUACUGGAAUUCUUAAAAAUUGUUUUUGAGCAGAAGUUACAUUUAUAAUGAUUUUUACUUAAUUCAGAAAAAUAUAACCAAACUGUUGAUUUUAGUGUCAUACUUACAUUUAUAAACUAUUUGUGUAUUAAAUAUUAAAUUAAGAAUCAACUAACUGAUUACUAUUUACUAAUCGUUA